UCGCGAGGGGUUUCUUGCGCUAGCGAUUUUCGAAGAUUUUGCAAUGUCUGAGUAAAGUGUACAAGCGGGAUCCAUGCUGUGACAUCACCGUAGUGCUAUUGUGCUAAAAUGACAUCGCGGAGCAAAAACGCGGUGCGGACUUACGAGACCGAGAUCGAGAAGAGUCGUGAGGAGUCCAACUGGAAGAAGGCUGUGGACUUAGCCCUUCAGCUCAAGGCCAGGUCUCCACAACACGAAAGUCUUUCUCAUUUUCUAAUUGGCGAGGGCAAGCUUGAAGCGUAUCUAGACGAAUGGCCGCCCAUCAAGGAAAACAUAGAAAGAGCACAGCGGGAGCUCUCCGAAGCCCGGGGCUUCUUGACCCUGGCGACCGAUGAGUCAGGGAAGAAGGCAGGUGUGGCAUUGGACGCCCAUCUGCUGCUGGGUAAACUGAACUAUGCCUGCGGAUCUUAUGAGGAUGCACUGAAGCAUUAUAAAUUAGCAGAACUGAGUACAUUGACGGAGAAAGAGUUACCUGUUCGCAGUCUCCGCAUCGUGGCGGAGUCGUACGCUAUAAAGGGACUGUGUCUGGAGCUGACGUCGGUGCCCGCCUCCACCAGCAAGUACAAGAAGGUCGAGCGAGAGUCGGAAAUGGUCCGAAGUUUCGAGAUCGCCAGCGAGCUAGCACUAUUGUACCUGCAACGUGCGCCGACCGCCCGCGCCGGCGCCGCGCUAGAGACCGCGUUGCAGCGCGCGCCACUAUUGCACGUGCGACACGCGCGUCUCCACACAGCCGUCGACAGGUACCGUGAAAUGUUGAUGGCGGUUGAGUCAGUGUCGACGCAGGCGCUGCGACUGACCCUGGCGAGGCAGCUGGCUGAAGUGCUGAUGAGAGGAGUUACGGGACAGGUGUACCGCGCGCCGCAGAAGGUGGCGGUGCCGCAGCUGGCGGGCACGCUGUCGCGCCGCCGCGAGGAGCACGUCGCCGAGGGGCCGUGGAAACCCAAGAAGUACGCCAGCUUCAACCAGUUCGUGCCGGCAAACUGCUACGAGGAGGUGAUGCUGGUGCUGCUGGUGGGCGAGGCGAUGGCGGUGCGCGACGCCGUGCUGUCCCAGAGCGCGGAGUUCGAGGCGGCGCGCGCGCACGCGCUGCGCAACGCGCUCAGCCUGGCCGACCUGCUCGCGCUCGCCGCCGUGCGCUGGGGGCAGCUGGCGCUCGUGCUGGAGUCUCUGGAACGCGCGAUGAAGUUCUCGUUCGGGUGCGCUCACGUGUGGCGGCAGCGCGCGCUCGCGACCGCGGCGGCCGCGGUGCCGCAGUCGCACGCUAGACCCAACAGUCAUGCGGCUAAUAGUGCAGGUGCGGGCGCAGCGACUCGUGCGUUAGCUGUGUGGCGUCGCGCGGCGCCGCUGUUGCCGCACGACGCCGCAUCCCGCCUCGUACAGGCCGCCACCUGCUACCGGUCACACUGGAUAGAGGAGGGUAUAGAGCUGGCGGAACAAGCUGUCGCGAUCGAGGAGGAGUCUGACGGGCCGCUGCUCGCCCGCAGCCUGCUGUACUCCGGCAUUGGACACCAGAUGCUGGCUCAGAAAAUAAACGCACGCCAGGAGAAGGACGCGGCCAACGAUACGUGUCUCCGGCUGCUGCUGCGGGCGGUGUCGCUCGACGCCGGCGACCACCUGGCGCUGUACCACCUGGCCCUGCAGUACAUGACGCUCGGCAUGCUCAACGAGGCCAUGGACGCGACGCGGUCGUGCUUGCGCGCGCGCAGCGACUUCGGCGGCGGUCUGCGGUUGUGCGUCGCGCUGUGGAGCACCGCGUGCGCCGGCCCCCGCGCCACGCGCGCGCUUGACGCCGCCCGCCUCGCCCGACACCACUACCCCGCCGCCGAGUGGCCGCUGUGGGCCCUCGCCGCGCUGCAGCUGCGCUGGGAGGGCGGCGAGGCGGCGUUAGCGACGGGCAAGGAGCUGCUGCGGCUGCUGAACAGCGCCGAGGUGGAGCUGGAGGAGUUGGCGACGGGCGGCGCCGGCGCGGGUGCCGACCUCGACGCGCUAUCCGACUCGCACGACGAUGCCGCCGACGCCGCGUCGAUCCGCGCGGAGUCAGUGGGCGCGUAUCGGUGCGCGCGCGCGCUGUCGGACGCGUCGUCGCUGUCGGCAGCCCGCCCGCGCGCGCCGCUCGCCGAACACCGCGCGCACGCGUGGUUGUUGCUCGCCGAUCUGUGUCUGAGGCUGGGACGAGUGAGCGCGGCGGCGGGUUGCGUGUCGGAAGCGGCGGCGUUGACGCCCUUCAGCCAUCUUGUUUUACACACGCGAGGUCUAGUACAUGCGGCGAGCGAGGAGUGGGAGGAGGCGCGACAAUGCUUCCAGAACGCGCUAGCGAUACAUCCCACACACCUCGAUAGCCUAGUACAAUUAGGUGCUACGUACUACUCACUGGGCUGGCUGCGGCUGGCGGAGCGGACGCUGCGCGAGGCGGGCGCGCUGGAGCCGGCGCGGGCGGACACGUGGCGGCGGCUGGCCCUGGUGCUGGGCGCGCUGGGCGAGCCCGCCGCCGCCGCCGACGCUGCCGCCGCCGCCAUCGCGCUCCACCCGCUGCGGCCCAUCGCGCCGCGAGCUCCCUGAUUUGAACGAGUAUUACCAAAUGACUGCCAACUAACGUAAGAAUAAUAUUAAGUAGACCAACCUGUAUCCGAACUCUAGUAAACUUGCCAGUUGUAAAAAUGUAUAUUUAGGCGAGUUAUUUUGGGUGUAAACUGUAAAGUCUUCCUGUAAACAACCCUUUUAUUAUGUAACUUUGAUGAACAUGAACUUAAUUGGUUAUGAUCACAAUUUUGAUGUUUUAACUUUUUAAAUCAGUUAAAAAAGUAUAAACGUCAAAAUAAUGACGUCACAACUUUUAAAAUUGUAAUUUUAAAGUUGAAAUGGCCAUUGUGACCAAACGCAAGGGAUUUGUGUUAAUCAAAGUUAAAUAAUAAGGGGACAGCACUGAAUAUAGCGCCGCUUCCGGUCGCAAGAACUCGCGGCUAACUUAACGUUGUUCAGUGUUGCUAGUGUAUUUAUUUUUAAUUUAUUUUCAUUUGAAUGUUGUUUUUAUCUUAGAUAUGUAGCAACAAUCAUUUUAAUGUUUUAAAUACGAUUAUUGAGUAAGACAGUAAAGUAUAAUAAUAAUGUUUUCCAAAUAAUUUCACAACUUGUUAAGUGUAAUUUGUUUCAUGAAAUAUUGGUCCUAGACCGUGCUUGUGUACGCACUGGUUAUCAAUAAUUAUAAAGCAAUAAUUGGUGUUACGGUUCUAAAGUUUCUAAGUGUAGUUGGGGUAGGAGCAACAAUAUUUACUUUGUUUGUUAAAAAAACCAAAUACGUAUGGUGGCUUUCCGAUAUUUGCCGUAAGCGACCGUGACUGACAAAUCAAAUAAAAUGCCACUUUAUGACCUAGGCUAUAAGCCGUGUUCAAAUCAAACUGACUGUAAGCCGCUGAAUGUGAGCAGGCUCACUGUGAGCCCCAGUGUAAACGUGAAAAUAAACAGUAUUUUUCGUUCACAGUAUGCUGACUAAUGACUAUACGCUAUAGCUGAUGUAGCUACGUAGCCAAUCAGCGUCCGCGGAGCGUAGUGAUAGAGUGUCAGCGCCUACGCAUAGUGUAAUAACGUAUUGUCCGUUAUGGUCGAUUUACACGCGUGACUAAUGGGUCGAUUUUAGUCACCCG